CCCAGCGCUGGCUGCUGCUGCUGCUGGAAGAGUCAAACCCAAAUGGCGACGUCCAGCCCCAGCAGUAACCCAGCGUCAGCCUCCAACAAUCCAACGCAGCUCCACCCGACCCAGAGCCAGCACAUCACCACCAUGAGCAGCAUGCAAGGGUUUCAGAUAAACCUGUCUGGACUUCCUCCAAGUAAACGUAAAGCCCUGAAGUUAAAUUUUGCCAAUCCUCCAAUCAAACCCACUUCCAGAAUCACUUCCGGACUUCCGUUCCAGAACCCACACAUAGAGCGGCUGCGAACACACAGUAUCGAGUCGUCUGGGAAGCUGAAGAUCUCAGCGGAGCAGCACUGCGAUUUCACAGCUGAAGACCUGAAGGAUCUCGGUGAGAUCGGCCGAGGAGCGUAUGGCUCCGUCAACAAGAUGGCGCACAAACCCAGUGGACAAAUCAUGGCCGUUAAAAGGAUCCGUUCAACGGUAGACGAGCGAGAACAGAAGCAGCUGCUGAUGGAUCUGGAUGUGGUCAUGAGGAGCAGCGACUGUCCGUACAUCGUCCAGUUUUACGGGGCUCUUUUCAGAGAGGGGGAUUGCUGGAUAUGCAUGGAGCUCAUGUCUACCUCCUUCGACAAAUUCUACAAAUACGUUUAUUCCUCUUUAGACGAAGUGAUUCCAGAGGAGAUUUUAGGGAAAAUAACAUUAGCUACUGUGAAAGCACUUAACCACUUAAAAGAAAACUUGAAAAUUAUUCACAGAGACAUAAAGCCAUCAAAUAUCCUCCUGGACAGGAAAGGCAACAUUAAAUUGUGUGAUUUUGGCAUCAGCGGGCAGCUGGUGGACUCCAUCGCCAAAACCAGAGACGCAGGCUGCAGACCGUAUAUGGCACCGGAGAGGAUAGACCCCAGCGCCUCCAGACAGGGUUAUGACGUGCGCUCGGACGUGUGGAGUUUGGGCAUCACACUGUAUGAGCUGGCCACAGGACGCUUCCCCUACCCAAAGUGGAACAGUGUGUUUGACCAGCUGACGCAGGUGGUGAAGGGCGACCCGCCGCAGCUCAGCAGCUCUGAGGAGAGACAGUUCUCCCCCAAAUUCAUCAACUUCGUCAACCUGUGCCUUACAAAGGACGAGUCAAAAAGGCCAAAGUACAAAGAGCUUCUGAAACAUGCGUUCAUCCAGAUGUACGAGGAGCGCUCUGUGGACGUGGCCACUUACGUCUGCAGGAUCCUGGAUCAGAUGCCUCCGUCUCCCAGCUCCCCGAUGUAUGUGGACUGACAUGCACACGCAUACACACACACACACGCACGCACGUCUGAACGUCCACACGCUGUCUACAGAUCUGCUUCAUCACACAACUACAGUAUUAAACCAGGAAAUGAGCAUCUGACAUCAUCGGGUGUUUAGUUCAUUCUCUCGCUCUCUCUAUUUACUCUCUCUGUUCUCUCUCUCUUUUUUUUACUCUAUUACUCUCUCUCUCACUUUUAUUCUCUCCAUUUACUGUAAUAUCAGCUGUAAUAUCUCCAUAUUCAUCAAUGGCACUGUAAUGAAGGCUGGAUGUUUAAUGAGAACUGAUCCACCAUUGAGUUUUCAUUGGUUGGUGAAGACUCCUGAAGAUACCUGAAGCAGCUAUCUUAAGCUGGAGGGUUCAUUAUAGGUGUCUGGAUACCCAGCUGACAGGUCUGGAUGAUAAUCAGGAUUUAUUGCAUCAGUAUUUGGCCCUU